GGACAUUUCGUCGGCCUGAAAGGGUGACCUAAAGGAUAAGAUCAGGGAGAUGAGGGAUGAAUCCUCAGCGACGUCCAAGGCUUGUUCGGAGGAGAGACGCAAGGCGAUCGAAGACAAGGAGGCGGUCGAGUUGUGGAGGAUAGUCGACCAUCUGGAAAAGCGGUUGGACGCUCAAAAUCCCUACCGCCGGGCGGUUUUUAAUGAGGGGUCGAUCGACAAGUGGAGCGAUUUAGCCCACAAGUUCUUGGAGCACUUCGCGUCGAGCCGAAGACAAAAACUCCUCUUUUCACACUUGCUCAAUGUCAAGAUCCGGAAGGGAGAGCAACUCCGGGAGUUUAUCAGGGAGAAGGAGGCCAGGGACGUCCAGGGAGCGGAUGACGAGGUAGCACUCCCUCAAGGGGAUGUGCGCAAGGAGGUGCGACGAAAUCCACUCCCCACAUACAAGGAGAUGCUAGCCAGGGCGAAGUACCUGGCAUUAGAAGAUGAUGAUGAAGCGCCUGCCCAAAAGGAGAAGAAGGGUGGGCAACCAGCAGGUGAAGGCAGGAAGAGGAAUGUGACAAGGCAUAAACCAAUGACAUCUUAAGUGAAUCACUUGCCUCCUUCCAAACUUUAUGAUGAAAUCAAGGUCGAUCGUCGGACGGUUUGUCUCCGGUAGACCAAAUCUCCCAACCAUCAGAAAAGUAUUUGACCCGAUUGGUUUUGAAGCAACAUUUAAGCCCAAUUGAAAGGACUGCCAAUAAAGUUUGCAAUUGAAAAAGCUAUAUGGUUGCUGUAAAAAAAUGUGGAGGCACGGGGCUCGGUUCACCUUUGUCCCCCAUUUGAACUAAAGUUCCUAUUAUAUAAAAUCUAGGAUGAGGCCCAAUAUAUGUUAAAAUGCAGGUGGUAAAAAUGUAAAAUGUCAAUUAUCUAUGAUGUUGAGGUUGCUGAUCCAAUCUUAUUGAAUGCUGUAAUUACUGAGUUCUUAACUGCAAUCUCCUUUAUCUUCUUGUUUCUCAUUUCCAAGGAUUGCUUUUGUCUAAUGCUGACUGGUAGGGGAAAAUCAACAUCUUACCAGGUG